AUGCACGCCUCAUUCAAAGCCCUCGCUCUCCUCGCCGCCGUCGCCUCGGCCUCCGCGACGAGCUUCAAGCUCAAAGCGCACGUCACAGCCAACGACCUCUCGCCCUCCGUCGAAGGCCAAUACCUCAACGUCGACGCCUCAACCGGCUACGCCUACCUCACCCAGCCCGGCUCCGGCGCGUCCUUCACGGACGACAACAACACCAUCAACACCGGUGCUACGCACAUCCACAUUACGCCCGGCGGUACGGCGACAGUGCCUAGCACGAACGUCGUGACGUUCUCCGCGGACGCGGGCACGCCGGCCGUGGACGUUGAGAAUGGCGCGCUUCAGUACGCGGGGGGCGUGUUCGUGGCUUGCCCGGCGAGUGUGUUGGAGAAGGACGGUGCGGAGGUGCUGAUUAGCUAUAAGAAGGCCGGACAGAGGACGCUUUACGGGUGUGCGGACCUUUUGCUGUUCCAGGAUGCGUAG